UCUUUGAAGCAUUCCUUUGCGGUCAGUGUUUGAAGGCAGGUCGUUCAUAAGGCGUCCUCCCCGCGGAAAGUCACCGAGCCAGCCACAGAACGGUGCGAUUAAUAAGCGGAAGCAGCUUGUGAAGUGUUGUGUUGUGAGCGUGGUGAUACUUAGAAAGUGCAAACGGGGAGAACAGCUUUUCACCCAUCAAAAGCGUGCAGUGUGGAGUAAAGCUGACGAAAUGGCCGUUAAACUGGUAGCCUCGCUGUUGCUGCUCACGGUAGCCGUCCUUGCCAGCAAAGAUGCCAGCAAACCGGUCGACAGCGUGGCCAUUGCCAGCACCCCGAAGAACCAGCAGCCGUCCGCACCGUCCAAACCGCCAGCCACGGUGACGAAGAAAGCACCGCACGGUAAGCGAGAGGUGGCCAGCUACGGACUACCUCAUCACACGCACAAUCGCUACUCGUUCGCGGCGCAUUCGCAACCGCUGACCGAGUUCUACGCACCAGCCACCAGCCACGGAUCGUACAGUUACAGCAUCCCGCAGCAUUCUUCUUCCUUCUCAUCGAUGCACGUGCCGGCAUCGUUCGGGCCGCACAAGCUCUACCUUGGCUCUGCCCCAUCCCUCACCAGCUUCAAGUACACGCCCAGUGUGGCCUCGUCGCAUAGCUUCUUCGCGCCCUCGCUUGGCCACCACGCUCCGCACCAAUCGUUCGGAGGGUUUGGCGAUGCGGGAAGCUUCAAGUAUGGAAGCUACGGUUCCAAGGAUCUAUCCGACCUGCUGAAACAGCUCCACUCGGUCGGUCCGCUUACGAUUAAGGCUAUCCCGAGCAGCUACGCGUACGGAGCUCCAUUCGGCGAGCAGCACGACACUGGCAACAGCCCGCCGGUAGUGUUCGAAAACAACGCUUUCCAUCUGAAACCGUUGACUCUGAAGGUGCACGAGGUGCCAAGCUUUUCCCACUCGUCGAACGGUCUGCCGCAUGCCGCGGCACUCACUGCCCCAACCGGUCCUACCUCAACGUCCUCCUCGUACGGCCACGUAGCGCACUCGCUCGGGUACGAACCUUCGUACGCGAACGGUGUUAAGGGACUCCGUCACUACUCCACUCCGAAUGUCCCGGCAGGCGAUCUCUACUCGGGCAACAAGUACAUCUCCACGUUGAAUCUGCAUCAGCCCACCACCGCCACCAUGGUUUCGCCGCUGCACACCUCCGUCCACUCAACGGUCGGUCACCAGAAGCCCUUCAAACCUUCGACCUACCUCGGUUCCACGCACGAAACUGUCUCCUCGCCAUCGAACUCCCACACCGGCUCGUAUCUGGCUCCUUCGCUGCAGUAUCUGCCCCCGGUCAGCAAAGGAUCACAGUACCCGCACAAGCUGAGCUACGAUUCGCCGGCCAAGCAUGGUUACCUUCCUCCGCCACCACCACCACCACCCUCCACCAAUGCGUACCUACCGCCGCUCAACAAACCCGCCCAUGGAUAUCUUCCACCGGUGUCGAGCGGCAGCACCAGCUACAUCUCCCACACAUCCGGUUCCGGUUCUGCACCAUCGUCGUCCGGUUCGCACGAGGACACCGGCCGGAAGCCACAGCUUCACCACCAUUCCGACCAUUCUGGCGAAAGUCUCGAGUAUAGUGGGGCGACCGCAUCCGUCCCAACGCCGCCAUCGUCCGUUACGUCGUCGCAUCACUGGCAGCACUAGUCCGUAACUAGUUUAAGCUCCUGCUCGGUCGUUCUGGGCAUGUGCGCCGAUUUGUUUCCGACCAUACGGACAUCAUGGACGUGAUCGGGUUUCCGGUGUGCCUUUUCCCCAGUUUCCCCUCAACAAUUACCAAUAGGGGGGAUGUAUCAACAAAAGAAAAAGAGGAGAGAAAAGGCAUUCGUGGCGUAUUGGAAACAUAAUGGACUAAAACGAGCCUGGCGGGAGCGAUAGAGUGUACGAUACGCUAACUUAUAUGUGUUAAUUAUAUUUAAAAGCAAAGUCUGUACAGUGUGACACCGGUUAUUACAAAAAAAAAAAAAACCACCCAAUGACUCCUGCACGGUGGCCACGUGCUUCAUUAGUGCUCGCAUUAGCAAGCGAGCGAACUUAUUAAAUAAAACAUAAACAAACAAACACAUAA